UACUAUCAUGGGAAUAUCAGAGGCAUCAAGAACUCCAACGCUGCGCUUUCCACAUGUAAUGGGCUCCAUGGUAUGUUUGAAGAUAGUACUUAUGUAUACUUGAUAGAGCCUUUGGAGAUGAUUCACAGUACAAGCAGUACAGGUAGGCCACAUGUCAUCCAGAGAACGUUAGGAACAAAUACCUCCAAGCAAUUGGAAGACCUUGAGACUGACUCUACUUCUGAAUGGCCCUUCCUAUCUGAGCUGCAGUGGCUAAGAAGGAGAAGAAGGGCUACAUUGCGUGGCAUAUUUGAAGAAAUGAAAUACCUGGAGCUCAUGAUUGUUAAUGACCAUAAGAUGUACAAAAAACACAGAUCCUCCCAUGUUUAUACAAACAACUUUGCGAAAUCUGUGGUAAACCUUGUGGAUGCUAUUUACAAGGAGCAACUGAACACCAGAGUUGUUUUAGUUGCUGUUGAAACCUGGUCAGACAGAGAUCGUAUUAACGUUCGCCCUGAUCCAAGACAGAUGCUUCAUGAUUUUUCCAAAUAUCGACAGCAUUUCAUCAAACAGCAUGCUGACGCCGUACAUCUUCUCUCGAAUGUGACAUUUCAUUACAAAAGAAGUAGUCUGAGUUACUUUGGAGGAAUUUGUUCUGUGACCAGAGGUGUUGGAGUAAAUGAGUAUGGCCUUCCUUGGGCAAUGGCACAAGAACUGUCCCAAAGUCUGGCACAGAAUUUAGGAAUACAGUGGGAGCCAGGAGCCAGAAAGCCAAAAGGAUGUGACUGCACAGAAUCCUGGGGUGGAUGCAUCAUGGAGGAAACAGGUGUCUACCAUCCUAGAAAAUUCUCAAGGUGCAGCAUUGCAGAAUACAAAGACUUUCUACUCCGAGGGGGAGGUUCCUGUCUCUUCAAUAGGCCAACAAAGUUGUUUGACACCACUGAAUGUGGAAAUGGGUAUGUGGAACCAGGAGAAGACUGUGAUUGUGGUUUCCAAACGGAUUGUCAUGCAGAGUGCUGCAAGAAAUGCUCACUUUCUAAUGGAGCUCAUUGUAGUGACGGUCCAUGUUGUAAUGAAACCUGUCUUUUUUUUCCACGAGGAUUUGAAUGUCGCUAUGCAGUGAAUGAGUGUGAUAUUACAGAGAUCUGUACUGGGGACUCUGGCCAGUGCCCACCAAAUCUUCAUAAGCAAGAUGGAUUUGCUUGUGAUUCAAAUCAGGGACGUUGCUACAACGGAGAGUGCAAAACAAGAGAUAAUCAAUGCAAAUACAUCUGGGGAACUAAGGCUUCAGGAUCUCACAAACACUGUUAUGAGAAGCUUAACACAGAAGGUACAAAAAAAGGAAACUGUGGAAAAGAUGGAGAUAAAUGGAUUCCAUGCAACAAACAUGAUGUGUUCUGUGGUUUAUUGCUUUGUGCAAAUCUUGAUGGAGUUCCACGGAUUGGUCAUCUUCAGGGAGAAGUUACUCCAACUUCCUUUUUCCACCAAGGUGUAGUAGUGAAUUGCAGUUGUGCACAUGUACUUUUGGAUGACGAAACAGAUUUAGGAUAUGUAGAAGAUGGAGCUCCAUGUGGUCCUAAUAUGAUGUGUAUGGACAGAAGGUGCCUAUCCAUUCAGUCUCUGAACAUAAGCAGUUGUCCUAUUGGUGCUAAUGGAAAAGUUUGUUCAGGACAUGGGGUAUGCAGUAAUGAAGCCACGUGCAUUUGUAACACUACUUGGGCAGGGACAGAUUGUAGCAUGUUUGACCCUAGAAAGAAAGAAGAACCCGAGAAACCAAAUGGACCAAAGGGUCCUAGUGCCACCAAUCUUAUAAUAGGUUCCAUCGCUGGUGCCAUCCUGGUAGCAGCUAUUGUCCUUGGGGGGACAGGAUGGGGCUUUAAAAAUGUCAAAAAGAGAAGAUAUGAUCCAAGCCAACAAGGUAUCUAAGGAACUCAUUGGAGGAACUUUUCUGUGCAUUACUGGAUUUCUGAAUAUGGUGGCUUUUUGUAGUAGCUUUACAGAAAAUACAUCACUGCAGA